AUGGUCGCCGCAUCGUUCGUCACAAAGAGCUUCUCCAGGCGCAUUUUGUAUACCGAGGCGGUGCCCAGUGCCGAGCGCAGGCAGAGCCCACAGGCCGCCGUGAUUGUGGACCGCCAGUCGAAGACGCUGCUGACCGACGAGACCUUGCAGCGGCUGCGGGCGCUGCGGCAGCGGCAGUGGCAGAAGGCGGCGGCAGACUUCAACAAGCGCCAGGACGCAGCAAGUGCGCGAGCCGACGCAUCAAUCGCAGCAUGGCUCGCGGCUCACAAGGAGCGCGUCGCGCUCGGCAUGACGACCGACGGUGGGACCACCACCGACCACUGCGACACCGAAGGUAUGACCGAGGAGGUUGCGGCCGAGAACGCACCACCGCCGUGA